AUGUGCCAUGAUUCUUUAUCUACUCCUCAUGUGAUUUCAUCAACAAGACAAGCUAUCACAGUACAAGUUGGUGAUGUAAUGGUUACUGGAAUACAUGCAGAAUGUUUAACUAUUGACAGAAGAUCUUUAUGGGAUGAGUUAGUUCAAAUCAACACUUGGAAUGCCCCUUGGCUGGUGAUAGGUGAUUUUAAUGUUGUAUUAUCUAAUGAUGAAAAAAAGGGAGGAAGAAAUCCUCUUAGAAUAUCAAUGCAAGAGUUCAGAGGCUGUUUAGAAUCCUGUAAUCUAAUUCAAGCUACAAGAACUGGAAUCAAGUAUUCUUGGUGCAAUAACAGAGUGGGAAGAAGAAGGAUAUUAUGUGAUCUGGAAAAAGCUUUCUUCAACAUUAAGUGGCUAGAAAAAUAUGAAGGAUGGUGCUAUAAAGUGGGAGUUAGGGGGACUUCUGAUCACGGUGCUUUGAUCAGAGGUGUUUAUUUCAUUCCAAAACCAAUAAACACUCCUUUUAGGUAUCAAAUCAGUAUGGACAACUCAUCCAGGAUUCCUAAAAGUGAUAAAAGACUCAUGGGAAGAAUUUUUGGUGACCUCAAAAUAAAGCUAAAAUCUACUGAAGAUGAAGUUUUGGUUGCAGCUUUAGAUUCUGAUGCAGCACCAGAGAAUAUUGAGUUGCUUGAUAAACUAAUAAUUGCAAGAGGAAAGCAUGAGUUAGUGGCUCAACAAUAUAAUGAAAUGAUGAGAAACAAAUCUAGAAUUAAAUGGGUGAAAGAAGGUGGAGCUAAUACUACUUUCUUCCAUACAAUCAUGAGAAUUAGGAGAGCAUGGAACAACAUUGUUGAGAUAGAAAAUGAUGAAGUAAAUUUAAUAACUGAUAAAAAACAGAUAGCAGAUGUAUUAGUCAAUCAUUAUCAAAAGAAGUUUGAAGAAAGAAUUUUUGAAAUGAAUGCUAACAGUGCACCGGGACAUGAUGGAUUUCCAGGAUGCUUCUACAAGUUUGCAUGGGAAGUAAUUGGGACAAAACUGGUAGAAGCCAUACAAUUCUGUUGUAGAAAUAACUACAUUCCUAAAGGUUUCAACUCCAACUUCCUAUUUCUACUUCCAAAAAUACAAGGUGCAAAAAGAGAUGAGCAUUUCAGGCCCAUUGGCCUAGCAAACUUCAACUUCAAAAUCAUAACAAGAAUCAUUACAACAAGAAUCGGUACAAUGAUUGAUAAAAUGGUUUCUAUUCAACAAAGUGCAUUCAUCAAAGGAAGAAACAUUCAGGAAAAAAUUGUUUUAGCAUAUGAACUUAUGAAUGAAAUGGAUAUCAAAAGGAUAUGA